AUGUACAGCGACUUCAUAUCGAAGAACCAGUCCUCAGUAACGCAGAUCGAAUCCGCCCUCCGCUCCUUAACAUACAUAAUUCCCGGCCGGUUCCGCGAUGCAGAACUCGCCUCCGAAAGUCUACAUUCCUCCAUCCAACUCCUCUCCAUGUAUCACGAUUCCCUCCUCGCACGUGCGGUUUCGAAAUUGCCGGGCAUGCCGAAGCAGCAAAGCCCGCACAAUCGAUACACAAAGUUCUGGAUUCAGCGGAGUAAGUUCUACCGGAGGAUUGCGACGCUGUUGGCGAUGAUACAGUAUACCGAGUUGCUGUGGGAGAUGGCUGCCAAGAGACGAGGCGAGCGCAUGAGGUGGAGAGUUGUGGUUACCUUGGAGGUUGUGAAGGCCGUUUGUAGGCUUUGUUUGUUGAAGAUUACGAAUUCGAGACCGCUUGUUACUCCGCCGUUGCCAGAGAGGGAUGUUAUCCCUGAAGAAGAGGCGGCAGAGGAUGUGGAGGAUGAGUUUGAGGCGGAGUUUGCUGCUGAGGAGGCAGGGUCACGCCCAGCACCAGGAGCAAAGAAAGAAUAUAAGAUGAAGAGAACCGGGUUAAGUCUACCUGCAUUACCGAAUCCGGGAGAUAUAUCGAGUUAUCUGCUCUCGAAAGUUCUCACGGCGGAUGAUAUUAAAGCACCCAGCGCACUGCUCAACAAGGUCAAUGGCUCGGCACAAUUGGCGGAGAUAUUGCAUGUUUUGCAGCCAGUUAUAUACGCGGUCGCUAUGUCGAGGAGUAAGGAUAAGAAGGAUUGGCGGCCGUGGUUGCUUGGCUUGAGUGUUGAGUAUGCCGCAAGGCAGUUGAGGAAAGAUAGUCUACGGACGACAGCGUUGGAGAGGGAGCAAUGGAACAAACGCGGCUGGGCGAUGGGAUGGUGGGCUAUGCGGGGCGCUUUCUAUGAGAAUGUUACCAAAGGCUUUUUGCAUAAAACGUCGGAGAAGCUGCCGUCGUUGGUAUCUGGAGUCUUGGAUGAUUAUUUGUACCUCUGGGAUGGAUAUUAUUUUAGUACCAGCUCUAAUUGA